AUGGAAUAUAAAGAAUCCGAUACGACCGAAAAAGUUCAGGACUUUAAACAAGUUGAUGAUACUCCAGUUGUACGUGUCAACAAAUCCAAAAUUAUAUCUGAAAUACUAGAAUCUGAAGCUUGUUCAAAUUGGGAUUCUGUGAUUGAUAAACUAAAACUACUUUUAAGUCUAGAUGUACAAAACGAAUACGCUAUCAAUCGUGAUGAUUGCAGAUUAUUGAUUAGAUUGGCAUCAAAUAUGUCUGUAGUACCUGUUCAAAACCUAUCUCUUGAACUUUUAGCAAAAUAUAUAGCGCAAUACAGAACUCCAGCUGAAUGGUUUGUUGAAUUUGGCGGACUACAGAUCUUUCAUCAAAAAUUAGAAGAUGCAAAUUGCGUAAUUCCAUGUACAGCAAUAUUUGCUGCUAUUGCCUCUACAGAAGUUGGUUUCAAAGCAUGUGUAGAAAUGAAUAUUUUUGAUGAUCUCAUAAGUUUAGGUUUGUAUUUCACAGAUAAUAGUCAAGAUGAGAACUUUUCGAUAGUAAUUUUGAAUUUACUUACAAUAUAUCAUUUACUACUUCAUAAAUUAAGCAAAUUUGAGAAUCAUUCAGAGAUUUUACAAAAUUUAAUUAUAAUUUUCAAGAAACUCUUCGAUUUAAACUUUGAUCAGAUCGUACAAUAUUUCCCCCUCCUACUCAAGACUAUAGAUACAACAGAAGAAGACCCAUGUUCCGUAUUAAUUGACUCUGAGUUAAUUGAUUUAGUGUUUAAUGGCCCAUCUAUUGUUCCUCCACACUUGAGACCAACAAUGUUCCAAUCCAUUGAACAACUUACUGCAUUAUCAUACGACGGAUGGAAUGAUAUUAUAUUAGAAUACAUCCAAUUCUCAACAAUUAUGGAUUUCAUCAAAACUCUUGAAAAUAAUCAUGAAGAAUAUUUGACAUGUUUUAGAAUUGCAGCAAAUUUAGCUUACAUUGAUCAGUCUUCUAUACAAUAUAUAUUAAUAGAAGAGAAUACAAAAUUCUUCAUAACUAUUUUAGAGAAAGCUGUUUCGAAAGCAAAAGUUUAUACUGUUAGUGCAAUUUUUAAUGUUAUUCAUCAUGGAAAUAGAAAUCAAUUAUCUCUUUUGUUUGCGACUUCUCUGCCUUUGCAAUGCCUUGAUGUUUUAGAUCUUGUGAAUGAUGAUAAAUUGCUACAGCUCUUGGAUUCUCUUUAUAGAGCUUUAGAUUCAAUUGGAGAUAUUAUAACUCAUGAUAAAUAUUACGAAGAAUUUCGUGAACAAUUGCCUGAAACUCUUCAAGAAAUUCAAGAUAGACUUGAAUUAAGUGAUAAACCAUCUGAUGAAAAGAUUUGUUUGUUCAUUACUUCAAUGCUUUCAGAUUUAUAUCCAGAAAGCUUACUUGAGUAA